AUGUCUUACAUUGUUUUUGCGGUGGAUAACGCCGACAGACUGACCCUUCUCGGUCCACCAACUCCCGAAGGGCCAAACUUAAAACAAAUCGCGCUGAGUUUUAUUCAGGCACCCAAGCUUGCGCGCCGAUCAUCUACUGGAGAAUUUGGGCCCGAAGAGCCUUUUGCUUUUGAGGCGGUAGAAUUAAUGCGCACAACGUUUAUUGGGAAGCCUGUAAAGUUCACGGAAGAUUAUGUAAUUGAUGUUCUCCAACGACAUGCGGGACGUCUGGAACUUUCAGGCGGAGAGGAUGCUUCUGUUCUACUGCUGCAGAAUGGGUUCGCCACCGUUUCGGAACACAUUCCAGCCCGUAUGGAAAAGACAUUGUUUGCGAAGUACUCUGCACUCAUGAAUGAGGCAAAGAUGGCAAAGAAGGGUAUUUUUGCUCCUGAUGCGGCAAGUCACACGCGUGUCCUUCGUGACCUUACUGCGGAAGAGACAUCCAAGUUGGGGGAAAAAUUGAAGGGAAAGGUUGUUCUUGUGCGGGUUGAACAGGUGCUGUCGCCAACCAUAUGCAUGGUAUCAGCAGAAAAAUUCCCCCGUACACAAAUAUCUGUGCGCAUGCCCGGUGUGACGAUAAAGGAUUCCGACUGUCUUGCCGUCUCAACUGCGGCACGCUUUCAUACGGAACGCUACUUAUUGCACCGCAAGGUGAAAAUUGCCUUUGAGGGGUGGAUUCUUUUGGUACAUUCUUGGCUCAGUGACUUCCUCCAAGGGUGUAUUUCAACGGAACUCCUCUUGCAUGGGUUUGUGAAAAUAAACGUCUCUACAUUGGCAUUUACAAACCACGCUGACGCUCUACGGGCUGCUGAAAAAGAAGCUCGAGAAAAGCGACAGGGGUUGUGGAAAAAUUGGGAGGAGUCUGGGGAAAGUGGUACACUCCAAGUCAAAUAUGGAACUGCCGCCGCAGAAGCCCCAGGUCUGGCUGUGAACAAUGCUAACAGCAAUGAUGGUCCAGAGUACAAGGGACCUUUGUCUUUUAGUGCGGUGGUAGUGCAGAUUGUUAAUGGCGACACCAUCACCGUACGCUCAGACGAGAAGGGAGAGCUUAUUCGAGUCUCUCUUGCUGGUGUGCGUUCGAGUAAGAAUGUUACUCGCGAGCAAGACGGUCGCUCUCCUGAGACACGUGUAAGCUACACGGACUACGAGUGGGAGGCGAGGGAAUUUUUGCGCACACAUUACAUUGGCAAACGCGUGAUUGUACAGGUGGAGUAUGCACGGCAAAUUUUUGAGACAAAAGAAGUUCGACCAGUGGUACUUGUGAAGAUUCCAGAGACGGGAGCAAACAUUGGUCUCUCUUUACUGGAGACUGGAUACGCCACCUUUCUUCUUGGCAAGAAUGAUGUAUGCUCUGAAGCUUCCUUGCUGCAGAUUGCUGCCGAAAAGGCCCGUGAAAAGGGUCUUGGCACCUACGGCAAGGGAAAGCCCCCAGUACAGAAGAUUGUUGAAUUGCACCACCUUGGGAACGCUCGUGGGAAGUACUAUCUUAGUUUCCUUCAACGUGGUAUGCAGGGUAACCGUCCGCCACUAUUGAAGGGAGUUGUGGAUGCGGUUCUUGGUGGUGGCUCUCUUCGAGUAUAUAUUCCAAAGGAAAAUUUUCAGAUUCCGGUAAAAGUUGCGGGAAUCAUUACGCCUAUGGGCGCCGCAAAUAGCUCGGAAACCGCCGAUCCCUUUGCAGAAGAAUCAAAGGACUUUGCCGUGACCAGAUUGCAACAGUUUAACGUGGAGAUCCAGGUCCAUACGGUGGACAGAGCAGGGAAUUUUAUCUCCACUGUAUUUCUUCCAGAUGGAACCAAUUUCUCUAUUGCCACAGUGGAGGCGGGACUAGGGACUGUGGCCAACGCCGAUCGUCUUCCCUACUAUCAGCAACUCAUUGACGCAGAGAAGAAGGCGCAAAAGGAAGGAAAAUAUAUUUGGUCAAACCAAUCCUCGAUUCCACAGCGUGCGGCGAAACUAAUGGCAGAGCGGAAUGCCAAUGGUGUCAAUUGUUACAGUCGCUCCUUUGGUCCAAAGUCAGAGUUUAUCCCGUAUGUUCUGUCAGAGGUGGGAGAAGACGGGUAUUCUGUCUAUCUGCAGGAACAAGGCGAUGAGAAUGAGGAGAGACUAGAAACACUGCAGGAUCUCGCGAAUAAAGUCUCAUCGUUGAAUGGAGAAUACCAACCCAAGCGCGGCGAACUCGUGGUUGCGCAGUACAGGAAGGACAAGUCAUGGCAUCGUGCCAAGGUGCUCCAUGCAAAAAAAGGCGAACAAAUCGUUACGGUGCUGUUUGUUGACUUUGGUACCGUGUCAGAGACGUCGGUAAAAAGUGUAAGAGCAAUUCCACGUGGCCCAGAGUUUGCGCUUUUGCGUGACCUGGAGCCGUUGGCACGCCUGGUGCGCCUUGCAUUUCUCAAAUCAAAGGUUCCUUCCCCAGAGGCCAAUGCCGGUUAUGCGUGCGACGUUGCGUACGAGUACACGGAUGGCGCUGUCAUUGCAAAGGAGGUUUACCAGGAUGGGCAAGGCAAUGUAUACUACACAGUAACCGUGAACGAGAAUGUCCCUUCACUGAGUGAGACGUUGUUACAGCGGGGUGUUGCGUUACUUGACCGAAUCGCGGAGUCUGUUGACCCGAGUGAAUAUCAACGGCAUGAGGCGGCCCAAGCAAUUGCCCGACGCAGUCACAAGGGGAUGUGGCAGUACGGCGAUAUUGACGACGAAAGUGAUGGCGAAAUUUGA